AUGCCGCCAACGACCUUAACCAAGAAAUCCAACGCCGAUGAAACGGAUGUGAUACAGUCGAAGGAUGGACAUUGGAGAGAAACCUGGAAGAUGCUAAAGGAGGAAGACAUUUUCAGGUUGGACAUGGGUCUUGGACUGGGCAUGAGCAGGACGGUAUCUAAAGUAGUCGCCGCCGAGUAA